AUCUUGUCCAUGCUGUUGGAGAAGCUGGAGGCCUACAACGAGACCGUGGUGCCACCCGUGGACGACACACUCGAUCCCCGAGGCGCCCCGGAAUACCACGACGGUGUCUGGGCACCAUGGGUGUCAUUUCACUGCAUUCCUGAUGACAGCAGCCUCCGGAAAAGAUGGCUGGCUGCGAUCAAGAGGGAGCCACCAUUUAAUAUUAGAACAGCCCGUGUGUGUUCCAGGCACUUCAAUGAAGAAGACUUCCUCAAGAACAUUGUUAGUGGCCGCCGAAUGCUACAAGAGAAUGCAGUUCCAUCCGUGUUUGCAUUCAAGAAAGCCAUCAAAAAAAGAAAGCCACCAAAAGCCCGACCUGCCCCAACCAUGAAGAAUCCUCUUCGUGCCAUGUUUGUGCAGGACACAGUGGACAAAGACACAGCAAUCGCAGAAAAUAGUGAAAACAUUGAGCAAGGCAUGCUGCCAGAUGCUUGUGAAGAUGCAGAACCCCCAUGUGACUUCGAAGCGUUGCUUCAGCAACACACAGCACAACUACAAAAUGAGUUGGCACAAGCAAAGGCAAAAAUUGCAAAGCUUGAAGAAAGAGUGUGUCUACUCAUGCAGAGAUGCAGUUAUCUUGAAAAGGCUGCAGCACAAUUUUUGCAUUGA